GGUAUUGUGUGUCUCAUUUCUAGUGUUUCUCUGUGUAUUGUAAUUUAAUAUCGUUCUGCGGUUUUCCUUGCCUGGUCUCUUUUGAAAAAGACAUUUUUUUUAUCUGUAUAAAAUUUGCCCAAGUAAUUAGAGGAAUUAAUUUUUUAUCCAGAUAUUUAUUAGCCCGUCACCUUGUAUGUGAGAGUUCACCGGAUGUGCCUCCUUGCUUUUCCUCCGGGUAUAUAAAGGUGUGAGCAGGCACGGUUGCGUCCUCCUAAGUGGGGUCGUGGUCUCUUAGGUCCGGUGGAGUUCAGAAGUCCGUCUUCUGUUGUCUGUCGAGAGUAACCAGUAAGACACGAGUGUGCAGUACAACAUGGUACAGCUGUCUUCCUGUCCUACAUUGAAUGUCACCAACACCACCUCACUGGGGCCCUCAGAUGGAGGUGACCACCAUCAGGGGGAGAAGCCAACAAUGUCUGAAAGCCUAGUAGUUGACUCACCCACUGGGUGGAAAAGUGGACUUGAGAUCUCCACAGAGUACUACGGAUACGAAACCUAUAUCGAAGACGGCCUGAUUUGCCUUAAACAUAAGGUCCGCAAUUUAGAGAAGAAAAAGCUAAAGCUGGAGGACUAUAAGAGGAGGCUGACUCGGGGUGAGACACUGAACAAAGAUCAACUGAAAGCUGUGGAAAAGUAUGAAGAGGUCUUACAUCAUCUGGAGUUUGUGUGCGAGUUGCAAAAAACCCUGGACAGCUUGACCCAGACGCUGCUGAACGCCCAGAAAAAAGUGGUGAAAAAGGACCAAGUACUUAAGGCCGAGGCCGAGAGACGGCGUCUCAGCACGGUGCUUCAGUUGCAGCAUCUUCUCCACAGUUUGCAACACGAACACAUCAGGAGAGACCUGCUGUCUGGGUGCAACCAGGCUCCCCACACCUCUGCCCAGCAGCUGCACCUGCUGGACCAACUGGCCAAACUGCUUGGAGUGAAAAGGGACAACCGACUUGAUUUAGUGGAGCAGAUGAAGGAGGCAGCUCAGGCCUACAUGGACCUGCUGGAAGGCAAAGACAAACCAGUGUUUGGAUCCACAUUUAAACUGUUAAAAGAGGAACUCACCCGGCUGCUGAAUUGCAAGUACUUCAGUUGUCUUCCACCUCCGUCCAGCGUGAAUGCAGAGGAGCUCAACAGCGCCACCAGCUUCGGCACAAUAACUGUAAAGUCGAAAAUGAAUGAAGGUUUUGAAGAGAACUGGAGAAAGGACAUCCAAGCUAUUAGAGAGUGGGAGACACAAGUCUCUAAGGAAAUGGAUGUUAAAGAUGGGGCCCACCCUCCUGGCAGGACUCCGUACAAACCAGUCAAAGGGGCUGCAGCCUUUAUCCCCAAAGUCCCACUCGGGAAAAAGCAGAAUACCGACUGCAAACAGAGAAAGGGGAAAAAAGUCAAAGGAGGACAAAGCUCCAAGAAAAACAUUUUUAUUUAUUUAUUUUUUAUUUUUUUUAAACAGGCCGUUCACAGCUCUAUGUGUUUGGACUUGGUUGACUGUUACUCCGCCUUACCCAAAGACCCUAUCUUGAGGAAACAACAGCUGGAGGAGCUCAUGAUGACGAGCCACAGUUCCUUCACUUUCAUGCAGGACUCUCUUCUAGAAGCUGACAGCGCCACCAAUGGUGGAUUGAAGAGACCGCUGUCGAGAUCCUUCUCUCCUCUGGGAGGAUCAGACCUGAAAAGCCCAGUUACUGUCCUGUCAGCAACUAUGCAUUCUACCCCACUGCCUGUCAGGCGAGGGCAGAGAAAAGCUAGCCUUACCAGCGAAGACGACGGUCUAGAAAACUGUGACCUGGAGUUUUCCCCCAAGAGUCUCCCUUGUGUCUUCAAGAAAAGCACAUAUAAGAAUGGAGACCUGAAAUACAAACCAAACUCCCCCAACAUUGCUGAACCCAGGUACAUUAGUAUCGGCACUCAGACACCGCCCGAGUUCGCUCCCUCAGAAAAUGAACUCCAACCAGAACCACAGCCUGUUCACCAGUCCAGUUACACAAUGGGAAAUGGUGGACAGAUGUUCUCCUCGCCUGGAUCUGCUCACUCUUACUACACUCGAGGAUCUAUGAGAGCAGGGGGGCUCUUGACUCCCCAGACUCGUUCCAAAGACUCUGGUCCUCUCUUUUGCUCUCCCAGGGACUCUGGAUUCCCACAUGGACGGGAAGGAGGAAGGCACAACAGUAGCGGUUUCUUGAGUGACUCUUCCCAAGUGAGAAGCCCAGGCGAGGAUAAAGGCUACACAAUCGUAGACUCCGGGCUUGGUGAUUCGCUGUCGGUUUCCUCUGUGGAGGUCCCAGUCAUUCCCCACGGCCACCACCACGCUGCACUGCUGCCUAUGCAACUGUACUCAAUCUCCCAGCCUCUGAGAGUGGCUUUCACAGCUUCCCGCACUGCCAACUUUGUCCCAGGUAAUCUGGACCAGCCCAUUGUGUUUGAUCAUCUGCACAGCAACCUGGGCGCGACGUACGACACCCACAUCGGCCGCUUUACCAGUCCUGUCAACGGAACCUAUGUCUUCAUCUUCCACAUCUUAAAACUCGCCAUCAAUGUGCCGCUCUACAUCAACCUCAUGCGCAACGAGGAAGUGAUGGUGUCCGCAUAUGCCAACGAUGGAGCCCCAGAUCACGAGACGGCUAGCAAUCACGCCAUCCUACCACUUUUUCAGGGAGACCAGGUGUGGCUGCGUUUGCAUCGUGGCGCCAUUUAUGGAAGCACCUGGAAAUAUAGCACCUUCUCAGGGUUCCUGCUCUACCAGGAGUGAGCUUCUGUUGUGAGCCAAACAGCCACACCCUCACUACGGCCUGUUUGUAAUGGACAUACAGUGGUGCAAAAUUGACUGGGGUUAGUGUAAUUAGGUGUUAAAAAUGUCACUUGCUAAUGUCACAUAUCACUACUUUCGGCAUCAUCGUUUGACCGUCCACACACAUGUUGGAUUUGCCAAGUGAAUUAUUGCAGACCGGUAAAAAGCUUAAUUUUUCUGGGUGGUCGGUGCGGUGUCUCACAUACGGCCCUGGAGAAAUGGGAUUGACCGUUACAUGUGCCUGAUGAUGAAUUAAAAGAAAGCAAUC